UGUCAUUUUGACAUUUGAUCAAAGACCCGUUUAGUAUUCUUAUAAUCCCCCCUCCCUGUGCGUGGGGAGCAUCUUCUUUGUAUUGAGCGUGGAGAAAGAGAAAGAUGAUGAGGUUAAGGUGGAGUUUAGUCGUAACGGUCACGUUCGCUGUUUUGCUGUUUUGGAUUGGAUCGCUGCAAGUUCAAGCCUCUAAUUCUGUUUCCGCCUUCGUUCAAAACGCCAUCUACUCCAACAGAAUCGCCGUUUUCUCCAAAUCCUAUUGCCCCUACUGUUUGCGCGCCAAACGCUUGCUUGCUGAGCUCAAUGAGAAACCGUUUGUGGUGGAGCUCGAUUUGCGAGAUGAUGGGUAUCAAAUUCAGAGUGUUCUUCUGGAUUUGAUAGGUAGAAGGACAGUCCCGCAAGUAUUUGUGAAUGGCAAACAUAUUGGUGGAUCAGAUGAUCUCAGUGCUGCCGUCCAAAGUGGUGAAUUGCAGAAACUUCUCAGUGCAAGUUGAUGGUGUACUAGAGAUUUACGAGCACUGACAUCCUUCAUGGAUAAUGAAGUUGUCAAGCUUUUAGAAGCAUAAUAUGUUUUGAUGCCUUUUUAGUUUUCUGGGUAUUUAGGUGACAGCGCGUAUUCUUUAGAGGAAUAGGAUGUCAUUCUGCUUAAAAUCAGCUUGAAUUCUUCACAUGGAAAUGUAGGACUCUUGAAAGGUUGAGCUCUAAAACAUAGAAUCCGAGCUCUAAUUGGUAUAUUCUACUUGUUUUUAUAUUUUUUUCUGGUUUAACAGUUGAUUAAUAGUGAAUUUCAAUGUGGUUGCUCGUAUCUUAUAAAUUUAUAGAUGGAAAAAAGAGAGUGCCAAUUUA